CAACAAGGAUUCUAAAUGAAAAAAACAUUACAAAUUCGAAAAAAUUAUUGCCAUCAAGAAUUCAACAGAAUUCAUUGUUUUCAGUGCCAAAACCAAUGCAGUAUAACUCAACAAUGAUGACGAUGACAAUGACAACAACCAUCGAUCCAUUAAUCGAUCGCCUAUUUCGUAAUGGUCGUGAAACACACGAUGCAUUCAUCAAACGUAUUAUUAUGGCAGCUGCAAUAAAAGCGAAAGAACAACAAAAAUUACAGAAUCAAAUAUUUUAUGGUCAAAAUGAUCAUAAUUCACAACAAACAAUGGCCAUAAAACAAAGAACAAAUUUAUCUAGACCUUCUUCUACUCCUUUUCAUAAUCAUCAUCAUCAUCGCCAUCAUAAUCAUCAAAUUCAACAAAAACAUUCAAAUAGAACAACAACAACAACAACAACAAACCCAACACUAAUAGCACCAACGACACAAACAUCAAAAAUUUCUACUAAGCGUGAUAAUUUUCCUUUAAUUUCGAGACCAAUGAUUUUUAAUCCAAUUCGACAAAUUCUUUCAUCAACAACAGCAAUGUAUUCAACAACGACGGCACCGACGACGACAACAACAACAACAAAAACGCAAAUUUUAUUACCGGUAUUAUUUACAAAACCAAUGAUGAUAAAAAAUCAACAAUGGACACCAUCAUCAAUAUUACAGCAUCCGAACAAAACAUUAUUUCAAGUGGUUGUCAAUGUUGGUGAAAAACCUAUUGUUUUGACUGAUGUAACACCAACACCAAUUACAGCAUCAUUCAUAACAACACCAUUAUCCGAAAUUAUUAAAGCUACAUCAAUGAAUCCAACAAUCAAACUAACGACCGUAGCAUCGAAAAUAAAAUUCUUAAAUCCAGGUAUACAUAUGAUGCUAAAACAAAUGGCCGAAAAUCGAAAAAAUCUAACAUUAAAUACAUUUAAACAUAAACAGAAAGAUGAAUUGGCCGCAUUAUUGAAAAAAGAAUUGGAUGCCAAAAAAGCACAACUAAAUCAAACAAAAUCUAUAACUGAUAAGAUUAAGAAUGAAACAAUCAUUAUUGGACAUCGUCCUUAUGAAAAACCUAGUCAUAUUUAUCAUCAUCAACAUCAACAUCAUAAUCAUAAUCGUCAAAAUUCAACCACAACACCGAAACCAUUUUGGACACCAAAAAUAUCGCCAAUAAUUCGAGGUACUCAAACAAUUAAUCGAAAUGUUACAAAAUUUAUACCAACAAGACAUCCAUCUUCGAUGAUGACAAUCAUUAAAAAUAAUGAUGACUUAUCUUUAUUUGGUCAUUCACCUAAUCGAUUUGUAUCAUUAAGAAAACCGAUUAAAACAUCAUCAACUACGACAACAACAAUAAGACCAUUAUUAACGACAUCAAGAUCUGCAGUAAAAAUACGAAUCAAAAAUUUAACAACAACAACAAAAGGGCCAAAUUUGACACCAAUUUUUACAGUAUCAACUAUAGCUACAAUAAUAGAGGAAACGAUUCCAUUCGAAGUAAAUGAUGCAAUAAUUAUUGAUGAUAAUCUUAAAUUUAUGCCAAACAUAACAUCAACAACAACAAUGUCUAAUAACAUUGAUUCUGAUACCAAUAUAUUUUUUGAUCUUAAUUCGGAUGAAUCGAGAUUAUCUAAUACAAGUGUUGGCUGGAAUAAUCGAUCAACGAAUGUUUUAUUCAAUGAUGAUGAUAAGGAUAGUUUAGCAAAACAUUCGAUAAAAUUAAAUGAAUUGGCUACAAAUGAUAGAAAUAUUACAACAAUAUCUACAUCAACACAAAUACCGACACCAACAUCAACACAUAUGAAUAUUGGUAUUAUAACGACACCAACAAAUCCAUCAUAUCGUUUGACAACCGAACGAUUGGCAUAUAUAUUAAUUGGAUCAUGUUGUGCAUUAUCGGUCAUCUGUUUGAUCAUUGUUGCAAUGUCAGUACGAUUCAAAGAUAUGUGCGAUGAAUAUCGUCAUUGGAAACAAGCGGAAAAAGCUGCAUUGCGUUGGCAACAACAACAAAGAUUACGAAUGACAGCAUCCCAACAUCAUCAUCAUCAUCAUCAACAUCCCAAUCAAUCGCAUCCAUCGUUGACUAGUUCAAGAGAAAUGACAUCAUGGUUCUCAUUACAUCCAGCCGAUUAUAUGGCUGGACCAAAUAAUCAUUUAACUAAUAAUCGAACUAAUCUUUUUUCCAAUGACAUGGAUUUUUCGUAA